AUGCCGCCCACACUUGCGCAAAAGCGCUUGCAAUCUACCUCGCCCGUCCCAGAAUCGCCACCAAAACGUGCACGUACUACCCGCAAACCUCCAGCGCCCGCUCGCACAGGCAAAGUAUCCAUCUUCCAGACUUUGGAUACGCCACCAACGACCAAGCGCACACUUUCGCAAACAAAGGCUCUAUUGGAAGAACAAGAAGAAGACGGCGACAGUGAAUCAUCGGAGCUAGAGAGCACCGAAGAUGAAUUUGAAGAUGUACCGUUGAAUGGGGCAACCAAGGACAAAGGGAAGGCUAAGGCACAGCCAGAUCAAGACAGCGACGAAAGCGAAGAUGGUGACUGGGAAGAUGCGCUUGGUACGCAUCAUUACACAAAGCCAGAUCAUGGCCCUGCGCCCGUCAUCACUGGAGACAUUGCGUUGACGCUGUCCGCAGCGCCCAAAACCGCAUUCGAAACCAAGACAGAUGGGAAAAAGGGCCCCUCAAAGGUCCAGAGACAGAUACGGACCGUCACUCAUUGUAUUCAUGUACAAUUUUUGAUGUUCCAUAAUCUGAUAAGAAACGCAUGGAUCCAAGACAAGGUGGUUCAAAAGACUCUGGUUGAAGCCAUGUCCCCUGGGUGUUGGCGUGAACUAGAGAAGUAUUGGAAUGAUGCAGGGAUUCGAGAUGGAUCCAGCAGGGUAGUGGUACAGAAACCACCCAGUCCAAAAAAGGAAGAGUCGGAAGCUCCCAAAGGAAAAUGGAAAGAGAGUGGCAAGGCGGGUGUCAAGGUGUACGAAAGCCCGCAAAAGCGAAUGGAUUUUCGCAAUAAAGCCAAGGGCAAGGGAGAGAAACCUUCUGGACGUGACAAGAGGACCCGCGACUGGGGCGCAGCAGCCGAACCGCUCGAGCCUAACUCUCCAAACCUGUCCGCUGGUGACCCUUUGGUUAGACUUCUCAAAUAUCUCUCAGCUUACUGGAAGUCCAAGUUCCAAAUCACUGCCCCAAGCUUGCGAAAGCGUGGGUACCUAUCGCCGUCAGUUUUGGAGGCCGAGAUCAAAGCUUGGAAAGACGAUCCUAAUCACCCUGAUACUUUUGGCGAACGCGUGGAAGACAUUGCUGCUUUCCGGGAAUGCGCAAAAAAGUGCCAAGGCAGUAGAGAUAUUGGAGAACAGCUCUUCACCGCCCUAAUCCGAGGAUUAGGUAUCGAGGCCCGAAUGGUGGUCAGCUUGCAGCCUGUUGGGUUUGGGUGGAGUCAGAGUGAAGAAGGUAAACCAAAGAACCUCGAGAAGCUGAACAACUCGAAGUCCGCCAAUAAUCAAAGUACGGAAAAAGAAAUCCCAACCAGCAACAAGACUAAGAAACCCGGUACUGCAAAGAAGACGGAUGGAUCAAUCGAUGUCAGGAUGGAUGACAGUAGCGAUUUGAGUAGUGUCAUAUCUAUCUCUUCAGACUCCGAGGACAACAGACCAUCAAGAAAAUUACCGAAAGCACGCAACUACGGUGAAGAGUUGCCAUAUCCUACCUAUUGGACAGAGGCCAUUUCACAUUUGACCCACACGCCUAUAUCAGUAUCUCCGCUUCCUCGUACAAUCAUUGCAAGUACUGCUUCUCCAGAUAAGCUUGUGGAUUUCUACGCUCGUGGCGGAGCAGCUGACAAAGCGAAACAAGUCUUGGCCUAUUUGAUCGCUUUCUCUUCUGACGGCAGUGCAAAGGAUGUCACUACACGCUACCUGCCCAAGCAUCAAUGGCCUGGUAGAACGAAAGGUUUCCGCAUGCCUGUGGAGAAGGUACCGAUUCACAACAAACAUGGGAAAGUCAAGCGAUGGGAAGAGUGGGAUUGGUGUAAAUCGUUGAUGCGACCUUACGCACGACCUCACGAUAAACGCCAACCUUUGGAUGAAGUGGAAGACGAGGGUGACCUCGUACCUGCACAAGCAGAAAGAAAGAAAGGCAUGGACGAAGAAGGCGGAAAGGAGACGCUACAGGGGUACAAGAACUCCGCCGAAUAUGUACUGGAACGUCAUCUACGACGGGAGGAAGCUCUCAGACGCGGUGCGAAGAUUGUCAGGUUCUUUGUCACGGGCAAGGGAGACAAUGAAAAGUCGGAACCGGUCUAUCGCCGCAAAGACGUUGUAUUGUGCAAGACACAAGAAUCGUGGCACAAAGAGGGGCGAGAAGUGCUGGAAGGUCAGCAACCGCUUAAGCUCGUGCCUAUGCGUGCCGUCACCGUUACUCGAAAGCGUGAGAUUGAGGAGCGUGAACGCAUAGAAGGUGGUAAGGUAAAACAGGGUCUGUACUCCAAGGAACAGACCGAUUGGAUUAUUCCUGAUCCCAUUGUCGAUGGCAAGAUUCCACGUAACGCAUUUGGGAACAUCGAUGUAUACGUUCCAACAAUGAUUCCCAAAGGGGCUGUUCACGUGCCUCUAAAGGGUACCGCGCGAAUAUGCCGCAAGCUCAACAUCGACUACGCAGAAGCAUGUACAGGAUUUGAGUUUGGUAAACAGCGCGCUGUACCGGUGAUCACAGGCGUGGUGGUUGCAGCAGAGCACGAAGACAUGCUUAUAGAUGCUUGGGAAGCUGAAGAGGCGGAGAAGCAAAGAAAAGAAAGGGAGAAAAGGGAGAAAUUUGUGCUAGGGCUUUGGAGGAGAUUUGCGUCUGGACUGAGGAUUGUAGACAGAAUGAGGGAGGAGUAUGGUGAGGAUGUAGAAUUACCGGUCAAAGAACAGGUGUUACCACCGAAGGAUGAAGAGGAAAACCCCAAGACCAGGAAGUCACAGUGGGAAGUGUUUGAGGCCCAGACUGACUUUGAGGGGGGCUUUGUGCGAGAAGAUGUGGAACUGUCUGGUGGUGGCGGUUUUAUGCCAGACAAGGCACAUCAGACAGCCGAGCGUGGCCUGGACAUGGCAGGCGGUUUUCUGCCCGCGAGCCAGGAAGAGGAUUUAGAGCUGACAAUAGAUGACGGCGAAAAGAAAGACUUGCGGGCGCCUGUCGUGGAGGCUGCAUAUCGCACGCCCAUCUCACUUACUCAAGCGUUACAACGACCCUCGAGCGAGCCAAGCGAAAACCAGGAUCACAACGAAGCAAUGACUAUUGACCAAGACACAGGAGACGAAGACGAAGGCAAGCGGAAUGACGAGGAUGAAGAAUACGGGCAUUCAAAACUUGAAUGGGAUCAUCAAAAGUCUAGGGCUGCCACAUCAGGUGGUCGUGGUCGUCCUAGAGGACGUGGCACCAAGGCCCCGGCUCGCUUAACUCCCUCAAAUCCACCAUCACCUCCACCCUCUAGGCGGUCAGCGCCAAGGCGCAAAGCCGCCAGGAAAAGCCAUGCACAUGUCAGGAGCCACUUUUUUGCAGAGGCAAGCGAAGGCGAGACAGAUUGGACAGACAUGACGGAUCGAACAUCGCCAAAGAAGAAGUCGACGAGAGGGCGGGCAGCGGGAAGGGGGAGAGGCAGAGGCAGAGGCAAAACGGGGAAAGCCAAGUAA